AUGACCAGCUUUUUCUCAAGGUCACCAAGGCAUCAACAGAUGCAUGAUAUGGGAGAUAUCUCCGAAUCAAUGGAGAACGUUUCCAUCUCCAGCAACAUGAUGGAUAUUGAUACCAGCUACAGGUCACCAAAUCAUGGCAAAUCCUGGGGUACCUAUAAUGCCACCCCCGCCAGAGUACAGAUUAACAAGGAAAAUAUUACCCCUAUGAACUCACCCACCAAAUCGAUUUUGCACAAUUCUCCAGUCGCUGGUACUCCGAUUUCCAAAAGUAGGUACAACCAACCACUGCGGCCUUCAACUCCAACGCCAACGCCAGGUCAUCUGCAUGAGGUACUUGGAGCUAAGAACAUAAACCUGAACCGCAGACAGACUUUGCAAGACAAUAUCAACCAAUUACAGCCACCACCAAACCAAAGAUACAAGCUUUCUCAAGAAGAAUUUCAAAAACGUGUGAAUGAUCCAAAGACAAAAAGGUUAACUUCGGUCGCCCAAUUGUACUUUUUGGACUACUACUGUGACAUGUUUGACUACGUAAUCAGCAGAAGGGAGCGUUCGCAAUAUGUGGAAAGCAAACUUCUUACUGACCCAAGCAUCAACCAAGAUCCUCAAAGACAGCAGUUAGAAUGGAAAAACUACAUUGGUCGUGAGAGAGCCUUAUUGAGGAAACGAAGAUUGAAGCCAAAGCAUAAGGAUUUUGAAAUGAUCACUCAAGUUGGACAAGGUGGAUAUGGUCAAGUGUUUUUGGCCAGAAAGAAAGAUACACGUGAAGUUUGCGCAUUGAAGGUUUUGAAUAAAAAGUUACUUGUGAAGUUGGACGAAACAAGACAUGUCUUGACUGAGAGGGAUAUUUUGACUAACACAAGAAGCGAAUGGUUGGUCAAGCUUUUGUAUGCAUUUCAAGAUCCAGAAAAAGUAUUUUUGGCCAUGGAGUUUGUGCCUGGAGGAGAUUUCAGAACGUUGUUGAACAAUACCGGCUACUUAAUCCCACCUCAUGCUAGAUUUUACAUAAGUGAAAUGUUUGCUGCUGUCAACUCGCUCCACGAAUUGGGAUUCACCCAUCGUGAUUUAAAACCAGAGAACUUCUUGAUUGACUCAAAGGGCCAUAUCAAGCUAACUGACUUUGGGUUGGCUGCUGGUACAGUGUCAAACGAUAGGAUCGAGUCCAUGAGAUUGAGAUUGAAGAAUUUAGAAGACUUGGAAGAGUACCACGUACCAUCUCGAAUGAUGAUGGAAAGACAAAAGAUUUUCAAGAAAAGUCAAGGACAUCAUAACUUGGCCAAUUCUAUAGUCGGCUCUCCAGAUUACAUGGCUUUGGAGGUAUUGGAGGGAAAAAGUUACGAUUACACCAUUGAUUAUUGGUCAUUAGGGUGCAUGUUAUUUGAAGCCUUGUGUGGGUACCCUCCAUUCUCCGGCUCCAAACAAGAUGAAACAUAUCAGAACUUGAAAAACUGGAAAACAGCUUUACGUAGACCACAGACUAAAGAUGGCAGGUACGUGUUUAGUGACCGGACCUGGGCUUUGAUAACAAAGUUGAUUGCAUCUCCGAAUAGCAGAUUACGUACUUUCAAGCAGGUACAGCAAAUGGCUUAUUUUGCAGAUAUCAAGAGCUGGAGCAAUUUGAGAGAGCGCACACCUCCAUUUACCCCUCAAUUGGACAAUGAAGAAGACGCUGGUUACUUUGACGAUUUUGAGGAUGAAGAGAUGAUGAUGAAAUACAAAGACGUCUUUGCUAGGCAAGAGCAAAACGAGCAGUUGCUAGAGAAGAGCAGUGUAAAGAGAGUUGGACAAAAUAACUUUAUUGGAUUCACUUUCAAACACAAGUCGAACCCAAACAACAAGUUUGGCACUGGAGAGAUUAAUUUGUUGAAUGCGGGAGCAGGAGAUGCCAACCCUAGGUUGAACCCCUUGGCCACUUUAUAUUAG